GUUCUGUAUCCUCGGCCAGCUUCGGCUUCGUGACCUCAUAGGACUUCGGAGUACAUAGGCUUAGUGAUCACUGAUAACAUUUGAAGCUCUUUGGUACAUUCCGAUUAUCUGAGCUUCCAUUUCUCAGCUUCAACAACUGAUGCCACGAACUUGCCUGAAGGAUUAUAUGAACUGCAUAACCUACAUAACACAUACCAAAAAUUCUAAUUCUAAUAUACUGUGUUUAUCCUUGAUUAGUCUCUUUUGAAAAGGCUUUGAAAGAAAGGGUUAUAUAGAACAAUUCCAUCAUAUCUACAGCUCAUUAGCACCAAUCGUUAAAAUGAAUACAUUACGGACCUUGAGACCGCUCGCCUCGCGCCUUCAGCCGUACACCCUUCCCAGAACAGUCCGUCAGUUUUCUGCUACGACAAACAGGUCCUACGAGUAUCUCCAGGUAUCAGAGCCUAAGCCAGGUGUCGGACAAGUAACGCUCAACAGGCCCAAGGCUCUCAAUGCCUUGUGUACACCUCUUAUAAACGAACUUAAUGAGGCCCUAGGCGCCUUUAACAAGUCAGACAGUGUCUCGGUCAUAAUCUUGACCGGGUCGGAGAAGGCCUUCGCUGCUGGCGCAGAUAUUAAAGAAAUGGCACCUCUUACCUUCUCGGAAGCCUACACAAACAGCUUCAUCGAGUCGUGGUCCCAACUCACAACCCAGGUCAAGAAGCCAAUUAUUGCCGCCGUGUCUGGCCAUGCCCUCGGCGGUGGCUGCGAGCUGGCUAUGAUGUGCGAUAUCCUGUACUGUACGGAAACGGCCAACUUUGGCCAGCCCGAAAUCAAACUAGGCACCAUCCCAGGAGCUGGCGGCAGCCAGAGGCUCACACGUGCAAUCGGGAAAUCGAAAGCCAUGGAGCUGAUCCUGACAGGCAAGUCCUUCACCGGUGUGAAUGCAGCGGAAUGGGGCCUCGCUGCAAAAGCCUUCCCUAGCUACGAGGCGUUGAUGGAGGGCACGUUAAAGACGGCGGAGACAAUCGCGAGCUAUUCCAAGGUUGCAAUCAUCGCUGCUAAGGAAGUUGUGAACAAGAGUCAGGACCUACCCCUGAGGGACGGGGUUGAGUAUGAGAGACGGGUGUUCCACAGCACCUUUGGCAGCCAGGAUCAGAAGAUUGGGAUGAAGGCUUUUGCGGAGAAGAAAAAGCCCGAAUGGACGCAAACAUAAGCCACUGAAACAUCAUGCACAUUCUAACAUGUAGAUAAUCUACCACAGCAUCAAUACUUCGUAUAAACCACCCAAGGUACAUACAUAAUGUAACUCAUAGGGGUGACCUAUGUAAGUACAUAUGUACGGUACCACUCCAUUGGCUGUACAUGUGAGUUUAGGUGGGGGGUUUAUCGGAUAGGGCUGAUCGGGGGAUUUUGGCCUCCAGACUAGAUCGUGGCACGGCCCAUAUACCCAGUAGAUGCAAAUUGUAUAACGGAAUAUCUAACUUGAUCAGGUCAA